CUCAUUAUGUUUCUCUCUAAAAUGGUUCCUUCCUCAAAUCACAUAAACAUAACAAUGCAAAGAAGAAAAGAAAUAGGGGCGUAUCUACACCUGACAGAAACUAGUGAGACGUAACUGGGAGCCAAAAACAUGCACAGACAUGGUGAAGUCUAAGCAUGCAGAUAAGCUGUGUUUUACCCACGCCCAAGUCAGACACAAAACAGCUUCAGAGAGCUACAACACUGGAUCUCUGAGUAAGUCACUUCAGAAAAUCUUCACGAUGUUCCUUGCUAAAGCUUUGCUGAGUGGAGGAAGUGGAGGAAGUGGAGGAAGUGGUAAGAGUCGUGGAGGAAACCUUGUACGUGGCCUUGGAGGGCUCCUGACAGGAGGUGGAGGUGCAGGGAAUAUUGGAGGACUUGUUGGAGGUCUCGUCAACCUUAUAAGUGAAGCGGCAGCUCAGUAUAACCCAGAGCCACCUCCACCUCCUCGCAAUCAUUUUACAAAUUUGGAAGCUCAGGAGAGUGAUGAGAUCAGACAAUUUCGUCGCCUGUUUGCCCAGCUGGCUGGAGAUGAUAUGGAAGUGUGUGCCACCGAGCUAAGAGACAUCCUGAACAAAGUCCUCUCCAGACACCAAGACCUGAAGGCAGAUGGCUUCAGCUUGGACACCUGCCGCAGCAUGGUUGCCGUCAUGGACAGCGACACGAGCGGCAAGCUGGGCUUUGAGGAGUUCAAGUACCUGUGGAACAACGUCAAGAAGUGGCAAGGAGUGUACAAGCAGUACGACACUGAUCAGUCAGGCACCGUUGGGAGAGCCCAGCUGCCCAGCGCCUUGAGGGCGGCGGGGUUCCAGUUGAACGAGCAGCUGUGCCGGGUGAUCGUGCGCAGGUACGCCGCCGAGGACGGCAGCAUGGACUUCAACAGCUUCAUCAGCUGCCUGGUGCGCCUGGACAGCAUGUUCAGGGCCUUCAAGUCCCUGGACCAGGAUGGAAGUGGCCAUGUCAGAGUGACCAUUGAAGACUGGCUGCAGCUGACCAUGUAUUCGUGAAGGCAAAGAAGAGGCUUUGUGUGGAAGAUCCACCUGGAGGGCUGCACUCCUCUGCUACACUGCUGUGGGCUUUGCCUUUAGUCUUUCUAAGGCAGAUGUAGCAGUAGAUGGCUCAGC